AUGUCUCUCAAGCAGAACGUCCUGGCACUGAUUGCCGCCCUUCUCUUCUCCAUCACAACGGCGUCCAUGGAUUUUGCCAACACCGCUGCUCUGUCAACCAACCUCUCCCCAUCCACCGGCACGACUCCGUCAGUGGUCAACGACAACUUUUUCAAGGCCCAAGACCCAAGUGCCAUCUACUGCGAGGUCAAAAACUUCAAGACGUCCUAUCUGAGUUCUUACUCCGAGGUCGCCGACCACAUCCGGAACAUGCCUGGAAACGCCACCCUGGGCAACAAGCCCGGCGGAGGCUGGUGCUUCCGCUACAGCUGCUCAAACAGCCUCGCCAUCUACGGCUGCAACGACAACCAGGCCGACACGCAGGUCCCUUGGGCCACCAUGGCCACGUAUGCAGAUGCCAUCAAGGAGAAGUGCAAGAGUAAGAUCAAAGUUCAUGGGCACUGGAAGGAGGUGGUUCUGGGACAGGCGUUUGACGCCGGCGGCUGGAACGUGAUACUGGGUCACGAGUCGGGUUCUGGGCACGCACCCUUCGCGCUAGACUACCGCCUGGGCUGGUUGAUGCUGCAAAGAUCACUCGGCGUAGGUGAUCUCGUCAACGAGGCGGCAAAGGCUGGGUAA